AUGGAUACCUCAAGACAUUCUGGGAAAAAUGAAGGCAAGACUGCUGUUUCCUCUAAACAUCCAGAAGACAUCAAAGACUGGAAUAAAGACGAUGUGAGAGCUUGGAUGUUUGAUAUAAAUGUGGACAGGGAAGGUGCAGACAUUUUGUAUAAUGAGAGAAUUAAAGGAGAUAGUCUUCUCCUCUUGGAGGCGACUGAUUUCAGGCAACUAGGCCUGUCACUGAAUGCGAUAAAACUGAUUGUUCACAACAUAGGUCUUCUGAAACAAAAGACUCAACAGCAGAAUGACAUGGUGACUUGGUCUUGUAGCCUGAAGCCUUACCCUUUUAAUAGAUUUAAUGCAGCUCACAGGUACAGAGAAAACACUACUCUAGAUGUAACCGAAACUGGUCCAAUAGACCUCAUUCAACCCUGUCAUGAAUUCAAAGGCUUCACCAACACAACAGAAGAGAACAGAAUGAAAAAAUACACUUAUGAGGUGAUACGAUUUGCAGCAGCUUGUAUGAAUAGCCGCACAAAUGGCACCAUUCAUUUUGGAGUGGCAGAUAAACCACACGGACAAAUUCUGGGUGUUGACAUCCCCAAAACAGACGAUUUUGAUGUACAACAGUCGCAUGCAAUUGAAAGACAUUUUAAAUUGGAAAAGAAUGUUCAAGUAGCAAAGAUGUGCAUUAAACCCCCUCGAUUUGUUGAAGUUCUCAAAGUUGACAUGAUGUCCUCUGGAAAAUAUGUUAUUGAAGUGGACAUAGAGCCAUCCUCAAAUGUCUGUCAAGACCUGCAUUUCAACACAUAUGAUUUAGAAAAAAAUAACAAGAAUCUCAAAAAUAAAGACAAGAUGUCUGAGCCGAAGAAGAACAAUGAAAGCAAGUCUUUCUUCAUAAGAGACUGCAGCAGCAGUAAGAAUCUCAUUACAUCUGAUUCCUCAAAGGAGGUUGAGAAAUAUAUUGCUAACAUGGCACAUUUAUCCCAGCUGAGGAAGGAAGCUGAAGAAAAGCAUCUUUCCAAUGUCAAAACCAGUGUCCAAGGCUCGAAGCUCUGUGAGAUGAUAACAGGAGGGACACAAUCUUUGGACAGGUCACACUUUACAUCGUACAUUGUGGUGGCCAACAAGUCUCAUCCAGUUCAGCUGGAAAACCUGCGUUUCCUUCUUCACAUGGACCUAGUGGCUGUUUUGGAUUUUGAUCCAGAAUCUGCUGAACAUGGCUUAUAUAAGCUGUUUGAAGAGAGAAAAACCAAUGUUCACUUACCGACUCAAUAUAAAAUUACAGUGGCAGUUGAGGACAUAGCAGAGAAGUUAAAACUUACCAAGAGUACGAGUUGGGUUUUCUGUAAUGGAGGAAUUAAUAAUGAAAGCCCAUCUGAUGCUGAUAAGUGGUCAAUUGAGAAGGGAUCUUCAGUGCAUGAUGUCAUUUCUUUCCUGUGUAGAAAGGACGUGCUGCCUCACAAGAAAUUUUUUACCAUAUUCUUGCUAUUAAAUCAGGUUAAUGAUCGGAAAGACCCUUUACUUGAGACCUUAAAUUUCUUUUUACAGGAGCUCAAGGGAGAGAACCAAAUCUUAUGCAUCACUGACAAUGAAGCGUCAUACACCUACUGGAAGGAUCUCAUUGAUGUAGCUGACAUCUCUAAGAGAUGUAUUUAUGAGCUGAGCUUUGCUGAAGUCAAUGGCACAGUGCUCAGCCUGUGGUCUGAAAACCGCAAAUCCAGCCGCUUUCUGCCUUGUGGUGGUGGCAGUAAUGUUGUGCUCUCUAAGAAAACGGAAGAGUCCUUAGAAACCCUGAGUAUUCUUUGUGUGAACCAGUGUGAAGGAGGUAAUGAGGACAAACAACAUCAUGAAGAGAUCUUUUAUAAGGGAGGGAAAGUGUCUUGGUGGAACUUCUACUUCUCAGAACAGCCUGGCUCAAUGUCGUUCAUCAAACGAGACAAGUUUGACUACAUUGUGAACACUAUUAUUCCAGACAUAUGCAGUCGUAUGAGAGUGUGUGAGUUUUUCAACAUCUUCCAUCUUCCAGGCUGUGGUGGCACUACAUUGGCCAUGCAUGUUCUGUGGACACUCAAGGAUAAAUUUCGUUGUGCGGUGUUGCAGGACUCAACAGGUGAUUACGCUGCGGCAGCAGAACAGGUAGUGCAGCUACUAAUAUAUGAGACAAACGAGCAACCCACACGACUUCCUGUUUUGCUCAUUAUCGAUGACUUCCAAGAUAUAUCUGAUGUCAAAAAAUUCCAACUUCAAAUUGAGGAGGAAUGUCAAAAGCAAAAUAUUUCUUCAAAGUCUCCACAAGUGGUAAUUGUCAACUGCAUGAGAGUUGAAACCAGUGAACUGACAGAUGGAACUGAUAAUUCAGUAUUCAUUGGAAACACGUUAUCAAAAAAGGAACAGGAACUCUUUAAGGAGAAGCUGAAGGAGUUUAAGAAAACUAACAUGAACACAAAAACAUUUUAUGGGUUCAUGAUUCUGAUGACCAACUUCUCCUCUGAGUAUAUUCAGAUUUGAAAACUUCACGUUGUGAAAAAAACCCUCAAGGGCUUCAACUUUGAACACAAGCAUGCUCAGCUUUUUGCUGUUCUUGUCCUCUUGCAUGUCUACCGCAGUAAUGCAGUGCUGUCAGUCUCGACAUGUGAAGAGUUCCUUGGUCUGCAAACAAAAGCAGACUUUAAAUUCUGCACAGUCGAAGAUGGAUUUGAAAGGUUUUCCAAUAUUUUGACAAGAUUCAAAGUUGAAUCCAAAGUUAACUUUGAGGGUGUGCGGGUGAUUCACCCAAGUAUAGCUAAACACUGCUUGCAGGAGCUUUCAGCUUCUCAUGGAGUGACGAAGGCAGAAAUCACUAACAUUCUGCUUACAACAGAGUUAUUUUUUGAGUACACUCUGGGAAAACAAAAAUUAAGGCAGGAUGUUCACAACAUGCUAGUGAAAAGGCAGUAUUCAGCUGAGAUGGAAGGCUCUCUUUUUUCUCCUCGUAUCCAAGAUAUAAUGAAAGAAACCCAAGGAAUGGAACAAAUUAUUCUACACAAUGCAGAAAAGUGUCUCAAAAAAGAUGCAUACAUAUUACAGCUGCUUGCCAGGUAUUAUUACAUUAAAAAACAGGACUUUCCCCAAGCCAUGUACUGGGCAAGGAAGGCCAAAAGCCAUUUACCAGAGAACUCAUACAUGUGCGAUACAGAAUAUCAGGUAUGCAUUUAUGAGCUCAAGCAUGCUGUAUACAAAGACAAAGAUGAUCUCAUCAAGCCAGACAAUCUUGACGAGUAUCUUACAUUGGCUCAGAAGGCAUCCAAAGCUUGCAAAGAAACCCAAAAAUGUGCAGACAAAGAGGCCAAGCAUCGAUUAGAUGAAAGAAGGGUUAAAAGAGAUUAUAAAAAUUAUCAAACCUACAACACAGCUGGCCUUCUCAGUGAACUUCAGACUGGAGUUACAGUCAUAAAAAUCCUGCAAAAGACACCGCUGUUUAACUCAAAAGACACCUGCAACAACUGCCUUAGUCAAGUCCUCAUGAGUAAAAUUACCAUUGAAGAUUUGCCCAGCAAGAAUCUCAGACUAAAGCCAUACAACCAGGUAUUGCUAAAGCAUAAGAGAUAUCUUCUUCAACUAAAAGAGAGGAUGAAGAAACAUUUUAUCUUUCUUGACAAUUUUCUUGUCAAUUUAGUACCAUUUUUUGCUGAGAAAGACAAGCAAAAAGAACUGACAAUGCACAGGAUAUCCAAGUACUUUUAACAGUACACUGACCUCUUUUGUGAGAUCAAUUGGAGUGAGCUAGUUAAUAACAAGCAUGUAAAUAGCAUGGUUAAAAUUGAGCAGACACGCCAAUGUCUGGAGAAGAACAAGGGGGAUUCCUACACAGGUCUUCUGGAACAUUUAUAUCAGGACAACUCUGCAUCAACUCUUGAAGAGAUCAUCAAGCAGUAUCGUUUUAUUGCAAGCUUACAAAGGGAUCAACCCUUAAUGGACACAGUCAACUUUAUCUAUGCCAAUGUAAUUCUGGCCAACAUCAAACCUGAAUCUCAGUACAUCAUGCCUUACCAAUGCCUUUGUAAAUUACUCCCUCAAAUAAACAAGCAACCCGCAUCUUUCAGUGAAAUCCUGCCAUUGCACUACAUAACAAUUUUAUUGUUAUCACAAGAGGGGAAUGUUGCAUUGCAAGCAAUUGUGUCACAAAUGAAGGCAUCGUAUUUCAGUGAACUGAAUCCUGUGUCUAAUGGAAAGAGAGCAGCAGUCCACUUUUACCUAGGGAAGGAGAAAGGCUACAGUGCCCUGAUAUCCCAGAGAGCUAUUAACCGCUGUUUAUCACCUGUGCAGGACAUUGCUACUCUGUGGGAUAAUGAAAGUAUUUGGAAGAAAAUGAGAGACAGCGAGAAACUUCUCAGAGUUUCUGGUGAAAUUCGGGAUGGUUUUAUCAGUGUUGCAGGCAUCACGGUUGAUCCGAUGUUCAGAAGCCAGUUAUGUAAAGAAUCUGGAACAAGAGUGAAUUUCUUCAUCGGAUUCUCAAUGAAUGGACCAGUCGCACUUGACAUUGACUUUGAGUCAUAACCGUACGUUCACACCGAAAGCAACGAGAGCGUC